CCAGCAAUUAUCAACUUCAAAAUCCGUCUUCCAACCAACCACAAAAUAUACCAAAUUAUGGAUUUCCACCAAUUUUUUUCAUGCCUUCAGUUAUUCCAAAUUAUCCUCCAUUUUGUAGUCCAAUGAUGCCAAAUCCUUCUCAAACAAAUCAUUUUUCUUUUACUCCAACGAGUAAUGACAACGUUGGAGUAACUGAAUUUCCCGAAUUCUCUACUCAAAUGGCUCUUGGUGAUAUGAGCGGUGUUCAAGAAGUCACUCCAAAUGCAGAGGAUUCAACUCCUUCUCGCCGAAAAUGCUCUAAAUGGACCACUGAGCAAAAUCUGGUUUUGGUAGGAGGAAAUACUUGCUCUGGAAGCAGUGGAUCUAAAAGAUCUCGUGAGAAUGAUACAAGUGACUCAAGCUCUGUAGGAUCUAUUGGUCGUCCAAUGAGGAGAGAUGCAACUAAAAAAGGGUAAAAAAAAGGCAAAAGCGCAGCUUUGGAAGUGAUCACUGAAGAGUGGAAUGAAUUUAAACAAUUGAAGGAGCCAGAGUUGG